AUGGGUAAAAAGAGACGUGGCCCAACACUCGAAGAGCUUCUGGCUCGGCCGUGGUGUUAUUACUGUGAGCGUGAUUUUGACGAUCUCAAAAUCCUUAUAUCGCAUCAGAAGGCGAAGCAUUUUAAAUGCGACAGAUGUAGCCGGAGGCUCAACACCGCAGGAGGCUUGUCUGUGCAUAUGAGCCAAGUGCACAAGGAACAGCUUACCGCCGUCGACAAUGCGCUUCCCAAUCGCUCGAGUCUUGAUGUUGAAAUCUUCGGCAUGGAAGGUGUUCCCAACGAUGUCAUCCAAUCUCACAACCAGCGUGUGAUCGCUCAAUUUCAGCAAGCAGAGGCGGAGCGGCAGGCCGUGACGGGGAACCCACCUCCAGGAGCGGGGUCUGGCGGCCAACCGGCGAAGAGACCCAAACUUGAAGACGUGUCCGACUUGAAGAAGCGUUUAGCUGAGCACAAGGCUAAAAAGGCGGAGAUUGCCGCCGGAGGAAGCAGCGGAGAGGCGACUCCUGUGGGUGCCGGGCAGACACAGGCUCCGGCUGGAUAUGCUCACUCUCCUCAGACUGCAGCCGCCGCGACCCCACAAUUUACAUAUCCUGCACCCUAUGCAGGGACCGGCUCUCCAUUCCCCCAGGCGGCGAGCCCCGUGUAUCCAAAUUUCUCACCAGGCGCACAAGCACAGUACCCUAUGCAGCAUACACCUACUGGAUACACUCCGCAGCCAUAUCCGGUUGGUACUGCUCCGCAAGCUACCCCACCCUAUGGGACAACGCCACCUCCUUUUCCGAUACCACCGCAUCAACAAGCUUCCCCGUCACACACGGUCCCUCAAACUGCUCCGGCAUUCCCACAACGUUCUGGUAGCUUGCCGGCCGCACCUAGCCUCCCACAGCGCCCCGCUUUCCAACCCCCGCCAGUUAAUGCAUAUCAAAUGCAACAAAUACACAUGGGCCACCCCCUUCCGAAUGCUGGAGUGUAUACUGCUGUUCCGGAUGGCGGAAGGGCACCAGGAGCGGAAGCUGCAUCGAUAUCAUCUUCAGUCCAUGAUCUUGUCUCUGGGGCAGCGAAGGAAGCUGACCAGGCCGCGGCCAAAGCUGCAGCUGGUGCAGGUGCAACCACUGAAGAGAAGCCGUCGAAGAAGGACAAGUCCAAACCGACACGCUUGGUAUACUCUGAUAAUGAAACCAGUCCGGAGGAAAAGAUGGCUAGAUUGUCAAGGUACGCAUUUGUUCCUGACCGCCGAGGAGAAACGACGCUUGAAGAGCUCCCUGCUGCUGUAGUAGUGGGGACUAUCCGGGAGUCAGACAAGAUUUUCGAUUCUGCGCAGUGA